AUUAGUUCAUACAUUUUGGAUAUUAGUUAGUAUAUACUAACGAAUUUUCAAGUUAGCAGAAUAACUAGGCUGCCAUUUCCUCUGUUACUCAUUUCGGCGUUCACAGUGGAAAGAAAACAACGAUGCUCGUCUCGCCGCGCUCUGUUGUUCCUCCGCAAUCCUCGCCGUUUUUCUCUUCCUCCUCCUUCAAUCGGAACCCUAGGCGAUUUCGUCCGGAGUUCCUCGCCAGAUUCCUCUCAGCUCGUUGCUGCUCGACUUCCGCCUCCUCCCCCGGCGAGAACGCGACUCCGCGGAGCAAUUACGCCGGCACGAGAUUGGACGAGACCGUCGAGACCGGUUCCGGAAAGCUCCGGCUCGAUUCCUGGAUCUCUACUCGGAUUUCCGGAAUCAGUAGAGCUCGCGUCCAGUCCAGUAUCAAGACCGGUCUCGUCAGCGUCAAUGGCAAGGUCGUCGAUAAGGCUUCGUAUAGCGUUAGAGGCGGAGAUGAGAUCCGCUGCACAAUCUCGGAGCUCCAGCCGCUGAGAGCUCAGCCGGAGAACAUACCGCUGGAUAUAGUUUACGAAGACGAACACGUUCUCGUUGUUAAUAAACCUGCAGAUAUGGUCGUUCAUCCAGCGCCUGGAAAUCCGACGGGAACGCUCGUGAACGGGAUUCUUCACCACUGCAGUCUUCCAGGACUCGCGUCUUCAACUCAGGACAUUAUCACAGAUCUGGAGGAUCUUUCCGAUGAUGAAGAUCUAGCUUCCAGCUCGAAUGCCGCAUCGAUUCGGCCUGGAAUUGUGCAUAGAUUGGACAAAGGCACCAGUGGAUUACUUGUAGUUGCUAAGGACGAACAUUCGCAUGCUCACUUGUCUGAACAAUUCAAGCUACGUACCAUCAGAAGAGUGUACUUGAGUCUUACUGCUGGUGUCCCUUCACCGGUAUCUGGGCGAGUAGAAGUUCCAAUUGGCCGUGAUGUCCAUAACAGAAUUCGCAUGGCUGCUAUCACUGGACCAAUGGCCAGAGGGAAGGCCCGUCAUGCUGCUAGUAGGUAUAAGGUGAUUGAAACUCUUGCUGGUGGUGGUUCAGCUUUAGUUGAGUGGAAACUAGAAACUGGGCGUACUCACCAGAUUCGUGCACAUGCCAAAUAUAUCGGAUGCCCAUUGCUAGGUGACGAAGUCUAUGGAGCGACCAGAAGCAUGGCUCUGUCGCUGCUUCAACCCAAACUAUCUCCAAGCCACCAUGGUCGACUUCUGGAGUUGCUUUCGGAGUUAGAUAGGCCUUGCCUGCAUGCUUUCUCCCUUGGGUUUAACCAUCCACGUACAGGGAAAGAAAUACAUUUCUCAUGCCCUCCUCCCCCUGAUUUCGAGAAGAUGCUAAUCCAGCUCCGUAAAAUGAGCACAGAGACGAAAAAGGUGAUGACUGCAUCAUGAGGUUCAGACAUUAUGCCAGAGCUAGUGGGGCAAAAUCAAUCAACACCAUGUCAUUUAACACGUUUUCAGAGUCAUCGACAUGGAACUGCUAGAGUACCUUCUACGAGGCCGGCCUCUACAGAGGUUUUAAAAUUGAAACAUAUGCACCCGUGGAAACAGAAGAAAAGGAAUUGCUCUCGUCCUUAUUCCAUAGUUUGAUAGAUAGAGUGAUAAAGGGUCUAAAAGAUGAAAGGAAAAAUAAGCUGCCUGCUUAAUCCCUCCUCUUCCCUCUUCACUUCAUAUGAAACUAUGCUGCCUCAUGUUCAGAAAGGUGGACGGAAUUAAUUAAUUUACUAUUAUUUUUUUAUGGGCAAUAUAAUUUUUUUUAUUAAGAAUAGAAAGAUUCCAGAGGUUGAGCCUUUUUUUCAUCGUCUCCCCUCCAACACACAUUCUAACCUUUGAAUCUCUUGGUUGCUUGUUGUAGCGGCAUGAUGUUUUGCGCGUAGUGCCUUUCUUCCGUGAGAUUCUUUACUGAUGUCGCCAGCAAGUCACCAGAGUAUAUAUACAAAGUCCUUGCGUUGCCUACCUUUCCCUAAGGGCUGCUGAUUAGUGCCCUUUUUGGUUGCAAUCUUCAUUUCACCCUGACGAUUAAUCGGAACUGUUGAACCAAGAUUUUGGUAAAGCGCCGAAAUCAUUGCUACUGGAAUUUUCCAAUUAACAAGAAAGCGCCAAACCAGUCCCUCAGGCGUCACAAGACAAUGAGUUGGUAACGAUCC